UGCAGUAAAAAUGUUCUGAUUUUGAGCAAAGUAUAUAAGCAGUAAGGACUGAUCCAAAAAUCAUACUCAACUUGAAUUCUCAAGCAUCCAGUACACCUUUCUUUACUCCACUGAAAUGAUUGCCUUCAAAGUCUUGAUUGCCGUUGCGUGCAUCGUUUCUACCAUGGCUAUCGAAGAGCAAAAGGAAGCCGUCGAAGAACAAGCGGCCGCCACCGACGCUGACAGUGGUAAGGAUCUGCAAGCGGCUGAGGGUACCCUCGGAGUGUAUGGAGGUUACGGUGGACUUGGUUAUGGCAGACUUGGGUAUGCUGGACUCGGAUACGGCAACGGACUGUAUGGCGCUGGAUAUGGAGGACUAGGUUAUGGUCAUGGAAUCGGCUACGGCGCAGGUUACGGAGGUUACGGUUUGGGUUUAGGUUAUGGUGGACACGGUCUUGGAUACGGAUACGGCGCUGGUUACGGAUCAAACUACGGACACAACCAUGGCAGUUCCGGCUACACGAGCAUCAACAAAGUUAUCAGCCACGGAUCAAAGAGUCACAGCAACGGCCACGCUCUUGGAAAUGGACAUGGACAUGGUUACGGAUAUGGUCAUCACGGACUUGCUUAUUAAAAUGUCUUGAACUUACAUCCCUAUAUUUCGCAUAGCAAUAAUAUAGUAAUAUCAAUGACGCAGCCUCAAUUUUCGUCGAAAUAAAACAUGUAACAACAGC